AUGGCGCAAUUGACCGUGACAGAUUUAAAGGAAUUACCAAGCUUAUACAACUCGCCUAGAGAUGUAGGUGACGUGCUCAUAGGCGAGGAUGCCGCGCGCCUUCUGAUUGAAUCAAGCUCAUCUGGCAACGGCACGGCCCUAAAGAGCUUGCUAUCGCAACCACAUUGGAUCAAGAUAAUGCUCGAAAAACCUCACACUAUCUAUUAUGUGGCUCGUCCAAGUCAAGGUCCGAACGAUUCGCGAGAGGUCUCGGCAAUGCGAAUGUCAAACCUUGCACGGGCUCUGACAGCAGCGGCCGGGAAUGGCCAAGCUGAUGUUGUGUCCACAUUACUCACCUUUGCGACACAGCAAGGCCUGAACGCUUCUGAUCUCAUAACGAGAUGGACAAUCAACAAGACCAUCAACGGUGGGCACGCUGCUGUGUUCAAGGCACUAGCAUCUGCAGAUCCGAACGUCAUCAACUUCCCGCAUCUCGGCGACGGUAGGCGGCCACUUUACGAGGCCGUGAAACGAAGGCAACCCGAUGUGGUCGCUGUGCUGCUCGAGCUUGGGGCGGAUCCAUUCCAUCCUCUUGGGCCAUCCAGGACACUUGCGAGCUACAACUCGUCUCUGUUGUCUCUCGCCGCGAUGGCUAGAGGUCCGCGCAUGACUAAGAUGUUGUUGGAACACGGUCUCCCCAUCGCUCAUACUGGUGCGAUACAUACCGCUGCGCGUCACGGUCAUCUCGAUACUAUGCGCCUCCUAAUAGAGCAUGGCGCGGACCUGAAUGAGACCCUUUCAAAUUGGAAGAAUUGGACGCCGAUGCAUUUCGCCGCCACCAAGGGCAGAGUUGAUGUCAUGGAGUUGCUCGAGCACAGUGGGGCACGCUGUGAUUUGAAGGAUGUGAAUGGGAAGACACCUGCGCAAGUACUGGAGGAGCGCGACACCACCAUUUUGUUCUAUUCGUAA